UCUAGAGUGUUCUCCGUAACAUGCCCCUUUAUCCCUUGACACCUUCACUCCUUCGGCAAGCAUUUCCUGAACUCCAGGAUGAGGUCAGGCUAACACGUUAAACCCGUCCCAACGCCAUACCCUGCAUGCACUAGCUCAGGGGACCGAGAAGCCCACCGGAGACAUGCCGGAGACAACGUCUCGGGUCCGCCGGGUACCGAACACGACAGCGUGCGCGCCUUAAAGCGCGGCUGACAGCGUCGGGCGCCUACGAGGGACCGUCCCGCUGGAGAGAGCAGGGGGCCGCCGUCCCGCGCCGGGGCCCGGCGGCCAGGCGGCCGGAGGCUCCCCGGGAGCCCGGACUGGCCGCAGCCCGAGAGGUGGCAGCGCCGGGGGCCUCACGCGCCGGAGGGAGCGGACCGGACGGGACGGGACUAGAGGAGGCGCUGCCGCCACAGUGGCCGGGGACCGGCGACGGGAGCCGCGGCCUCCCGGACCCUGCUGCCCAGGCCAGCUCAGGGAGAGCGGGGAGUAGGAAAACCCCACCCUCGGGGGCACCCCCGGAGCGGAGGCGGGAGCGGGGACGGGGAGCAGCCUCUCUCCCGGCCGGAGGGAAGACCCUCACCACUCGGGCGAGGCAAGGGAGAGACCCCUGGAGGGGAGACUCUCUCCUUCGUAGGGGCGAGGGAAACCCCCAUCCUGGCCCGGGGAUAGACCUCCAGAAGUAGAAAGGGGUGAUCUUACUAAAGGAAGCCGACCGAGUGAGACCGCCCCAGCGUGCCUCCACCCCUCCAAACGCACACUCUCAGCAGUUCAGGACUUUUCGAGGCGAAGAGAAAAGGGGGAAAUGCCUAUGGAGUAGGCGCCCUGCAUCCUAUCCAGUACUCACGGGGGAGAGGAGUCCUUGCAUUGAGAAGCGGGGGACCCUCCAGGGACAGAAGAGGAGUCGGCUUUCAGCCUUUCAGGAGAGGGGAAGAACUGUCCCCUCAACUUCCUUGUACCUAGACAGUGGAACAGGGCAGAGCCCCUCCGCUCAGAUCUCCAGCAGACACAAGGAGCCCUCCACUCCCGAAAGAUCCACUUUGGGGGGGAGGGGGACUCCCCCAAGGGGGAGGAGACAACUCCUGGUUGGGAGAGGCUCCUCCCCUCCUCCCCAGGGGAACAGGCAGGGUGUGGGGGGUGUGCCACCUUCCCCAGGUAGGACCUCCUUCUCCCCCUCCCCCUCCCCCUCCUCCCUCCGCUCCUCACCUUCAGGGGACCCGGUUCCCCUCCCCAGCUUGGGAUGCUCAGCCAAGUACGGGAAGAGCCACCGAGGAUGACACGCUUCAUCUGCCUUUGAAGAGGGGAGUCCCUCCAACCCCAAACUCCAGUACCAGGUGGUUCCCUCCCUUUGCUGGGGGAACCUUGGAGACAGAACCCAGAAGUACCAUGGCUUCUGAUCUAGAGAGUAGCCUCACCUCCAUAGACUGGCUCCCCCAGCUGACCCUUCGAGCUACCAUUGAGAAGCUUGGGAGCGCCUCCCAGGCUGGGCCUCCAGGUGGCGGCCGCAAGUGCCCGCCGGGCUCACCCACAGAUCCGAAUGCCACCCUGAGCAAAGACGAGGCAGCUGUCCACCAGGAUGGCAAACCACGGUACAGCUAUGCCACCCUCAUCACCUAUGCCAUCAACUCCUCUCCUGCCAAGAAGAUGACCCUCAGCGAGAUUUACCGCUGGAUCUGUGACAACUUCCCCUAUUACAAGAACGCUGGCAUCGGUUGGAAGAAUUCAAUUCGGCACAACCUUUCUCUCAACAAGUGUUUCCGGAAGGUGCCCAGACCUCGGGAUGACCCUGGGAAGGGCUCUUACUGGACGAUCGACACCUGCCCUGACAUCUCCCGGAAGAGAAGACACCCUCCAGAUGAUGAUCUGUCUCAAGACUCGCCAGAACAGGAGGCAAGCAAGAGCCCACGGGGAGGCGUUCCAGGGAGUGGAGAAGCCUCACUGCCUUCCGAGGGGAAUCCUCAGAUGUCACUUCAGAGCCCCACAUCUAUCACCAGCUACAGCCAGGGCACAGGAUCUGUGGAUGGCGGAGCAGUGGCAGCCGGGGCUCCAGGCCGAGAAAGCGCUGAGGGUCCCCCUCCCCUGUAUAAUACCAACCAUGACUUCAAGUUCUCCUACUCAGAGAUCAAUUUUCAGGAUCUAAGUUGGUCCUUUCGCAACCUCUACAAAUCCAUGCUGGAGAAAUCUUCCUCCUCUCAGCAUGGCUUUUCCUCUCUCCUGGGGGACAUGCCGCCCUCCAACAACUACUACAUGUACCAGCAGCAGCCGCCGCCACCUCAGCAGCAGCAGCAGCCGCCGCCACAGCCGCCACCCCAACAGUCCCAGCCGCAGCAGCAGCAGCAGCAGGCAACGGCCCAGGGCCCCUCGACUGUCGGGGGCGCGCCCCCGCUGCACACCCCGAGCCCGGAUGCUUGUACCCCCCCAGGGGGGAAGCAAGCUGGGGCUGAGGGCUACGGGCCUUCCUCCGUGAUGGCCAUGCACCCACCCCCACUGCAGCACGGAGGCUACCGCCCGCACCAGCACCACCCGCACGCCCAUCCUGCCCAGCCACCGCCUCCGCCGCCACAGCAGGCACCAGGCCAGGCUCCUGUCAAUAGUACUGGCUUCGCCUUUCCUCCUGACUGGUGCUGCAAUAUCGACUCCUUAAAGGAAAGCUUUAAGAUGGUGAAUCGGCUCAACUGGUCCAGCAUUGAACAGUCACAGCUCUCAGAGCUGAUGGAGUGUCUGCGACAGGCAGAGCAGAAGAACUGGAGCCUCGACCAGCAUCACAUUGCCAAUCUGUGUGACUCGCUCAACCACUUCCUUACUCAGACUGGUCACGUGCCCCCCCAGGGGGGCUCCCACCGGCCACCAGCCCCUGCCCGUAUCGCUGACUCCUGUGCCCUUACCAGUGGCAAGCAAGAGCCAGCCAUGAACCCAGUGAACUCUUAUGUGCACCCACAAGCCCCCCACCUCUACCCUGGCCCGUCACCAAUGUACCCAAUCCCCACCCAGGACUCAGCAGGAUACAAUCGCCCAGCACACCAUAUGGUCCCUCGGCCACCGGUUCCACCUCCUGGUGCCAAUGAGGAGAUCCCUGAUGACUUCGACUGGGACUUGAUCACUUAGGGCAUCACGGAGUGUGGCCACGAGCCCAAGGCUGGGUGGUGAAGUCUGGCAGUGGGGCAAGAGCAGCCCCAGCCCAUCCCUUCCUCCUUGCCUGUAUAUAGUUAUAUAUUCUCUUUUUUUCUUGCUCUGUCAGAGAAGCCACCGCAAGAUGCUGCCGAAGAUAACCCCCCCCCCUUCCUGCCUCCUUCUUCCUCUUUCUUCUUGUUUUUUUUCCCCCUAAUUCUUUUAUUAUUAUUCUUAUUAUGGUAUUAUUAUUAUUAUUAUUGUUAUUAUUAUUAUUGGUUAUAUGCUGUUCCCAGUCUCCUGUCCCUACUCCACGGACCAUGUCCACCCCUUGCUAAUUUAAAAUCAUCUGGCUGGAAGGGGAGGCCCCGAUGGCUGCAGAGAAGGGUUUCCAACUUUGAUUUACCUUUCUCUUUGAGAAACUCGAUGCUAAUCCCACCUUUUGGCCCUAAAUCGUUUUCUGUUCCUGUCCGUUCAGUCCAGUCCUAGAGAAGCCACCUUAUCGAGUAAAAGGGAUCUGAAACACUGCUUGGCAGCCGCAAAUUUGCAGGUUUUACUCAAUGGUGCUAAUUUUGUCCUCCGAGCUCUUCCUUGUCCCUUUAUUUCUCCAAUCCUUCCUUCUGCCGAGCCUCACUCCCCAUCAAGGGCGAGAGCGAUGGAGGGUGACGAUAAAAUCCUAGUGGAAUAAGAGGUCUGGGGUGGGUCGAGUCAAGUACUGUAGAGGGGCGAUAGAAUAUAAAACAGUCAGAAAUUGGGUAUAUGCUACUAGAAACUUCCAUCGGCUCAUUCCUAGCCCUCUGUCUAUUGGGGAUAGAUUUGGUCUUGGCCGGAACUCUGCUUCUAUGAUAGGGACGAGGACAACCAUUCAGUAUAGGUUGGGCUUUUAGGAGAUGGCUUCAGUUCAACCCUUCUGAGUUUUCAAACAUAAUUUCCUCUGGAAAUCCACUGUGGCUCUUAUUUGCAUUUACAAAUGAGCCUUCAAUCCCUUUUGCCCAUUCGGCAAAUUUUAUUUUGUCUUCCUCCAGCUGUUUGCUCAGUUCCUUCCCUUUUAUUUUUCUUCCCCCAUUUUCUGGAACUCUCAAGAAAGAAAAGUGAGCCAUUCUCGCCCUCUUAGUCUCAUCCUAUGCUAGGACAACAUGGGAAUCUCUUUCCCGCUGAUCGUAGCAGAACCGAACCUUUAAUGGUAGUGGUGGGAGGGUGGGGGAAGGAGAUAGGAGUCGGCAUACACAUGGGUAGGGAAUAUUGCAGUUAUUUAACUAUGUGGGCAAAUAACUUCUCUCAGAAUCCAGAUCACUGGGGCUGAAGCUUUUGCGAUUAGGCUUUUGAGGGGUGAAGGAGAUAGGUUGUGGGGAGUAUGUAAUCUAGAGGGGAGAGUUUAUGAGGAUCAAAGGAGACUCCCAGAAUAAGGUACGGGGACAACUUCUCUCCAACGAGGAGUGGCCAUGAGUUACUGUUGCAAAGUACUUAGUGUGUACUUAAUGUUAAUUGUUGAAUAUUAGUUAUGAGAGGGAAAAACAAUUUGACUUCUGUUUUCAUUUCCCUGAAUGUUCGCUUUCUGGAAGCUACAGGACAAAAUGUAAGGAAUGGACAAGGCCACUCUCUCUGUGAUUUCUGCUUUUCGUUCACAUUCUUUUAUUUACCGAUGAUUUCCAGGAGAUCUAGCUUUCCGCUCCUCGGCUUUUCCCCCUCACCCACCCCUCCCUCUCUUUGUAAGGGGUUAUACACGAGAGCUUGUUGAAGAAGGCUGAAGCAAAGGGGCAAGAAAGGGCGGUUAACUAAAGAGCACUUUAUUUCUGUGAAGUUCUUUGUAAGAAAUGGGGGUAUGAGUGGCUUGAAUCCCCCGUUGUGUUGGAGGGCAGUCAGUGGGGUUGAAGUAUGACAUAAUAUUUCCCAUUGGGGAAAGGAGAAUUUCUCUCAGAGGGUGGCAAAAUGCCUUUGCCCCGUGUUCCUAUUCUAGGCAUCUGUUCCUUAUUCCUUCCAGUCAAGGUGCCUCCUACAUACACCCUGCCAUCUGUUCUCCCCAAGAUUCCCCCUUUACAAGUGAUGAGUGAUGAUCACUUCUCUUUUCUAAGCCCCUUUUCUACUCAGAUCCACACAGGAUCUGCGAGGGUAGACUAAAUUGUACAUGUAAAUGUUCCUUGUUUAUAAUUCAUCUGUGUCUUCUGGAAACUAGUCUCAUUAAGGCUCUGGCGGGCAGCUGGAGUAACUGAAAUUUGGGACUAGGGCUGAAGAUUGGCUCUCAGACCUCCUGAGAUUUUUAGCUCCCUUCCAUUGAACUCAGCCUUGCUAAAUGGCACAGGACAAAGCUGACCCUCCUUGGGCCUCAGUUUCCCCUCCCCUCCAUGAAAUGGAAAGAAUACUACUUUUUUUGGAGAGUCCGGCAUUGCUGGGCUCGAAGUAUAGUUGUUGUUGUAUCGGGUGAUGUGUGCAAAACCGCAGGAGCUCACUGCCUACAAGAGGAAAUAGGGGAGAAAUUUGGAGGAGAGGGACAGAAGGAGCAGUUACUUGGUAGAGGUCCACCCAUCCUUGCUUUCCUCUCUUCAAUCCCCAUGUUUCUGGUUUGGUGAGUCCUUCAUACCACCUAUAAUGCUUUGCAUUGGUGCAGGCUGGCAAGGGGGUGUUUGGUCUCACAAGUUGUUGUUGUUUUUUGCAUGCUUUCUUAAUAAAAAAAAAAAAAAAAAAAAA